CCGCAGGCAUCGAGCUGCAGGGCGAGGAGGAGGAGGAGGAGGAAGACGCGUCGCUGCGGCAGCGCCUGAUGGCGUUGGUGCAGCGCGUGGUGGGGCGGCGGCGGAAGGAGGAGGACGACGACGAAGCGACGCCCCCGGAACCCCCGGCGCCACGCACGCUGCAGGAGCUGAUCUCGCAGACCAUGGUGCACUGGGCGCAGGAAUCCUUCAUCCAGAGCCCCGAGCUGGUGCGCGCCAUGUUCAGCCUGCUGCACCGGCAGUACGACGGGCUGGGGGAGCUGGUGCGCGCUCUGCCCAAGGCCUACACCAUCAGCGCCCACUCCGUGGCCGACACCACGGCGCUGCUCGAGUGCCUGGGCCAGAUCCGCUCGUUGCUCAUCGUGCAGAUGGGGCCCGAGGAGGAGAACCUGAUGAUCCAGAGCAUCGGG